CCAGCCUCCACGCCUCUUGCGCGACGUUCCCCGGCCCCGCGGCUGACCCGGCCAGGGGCAGAGUACUGCGGCCUGCGCGGUUCCCGCGACCCGGGUCCAUCCGGGAGCCAGGCUGAGCGCACCGGGCUCCCAGGACUGGCUCCCGGUAGGAUGGACACUCUGGAGUGGGCGAUGUGGCCCAACAAGAGCACUCCAGUGCCCCCGCCCCAGGCGCCAAACAUCAGUGUGCCACACCGUUGCCUGCUUCUGCUGUAUGAGGACAUUGGCAACUCCAGGGUCCGGUACUGGGACCUCCUGCUGCUCAUCCCCAACGUGCUCUUCUUCGUCUUUCUGCUCUGGAAGCUCCCGUUUGCUCGGGCCAAGAUCCGCCUCACCUCCAGCCCCAUCUUCAUCACCUUCUACAUCCUGGUGUUUGUGGUGGCCCUGGUGGGCAUCGCCCGGGCUGUGGUAUCCAUGACAGUCAGCACCUCCAGUGCUGCAACAGUGGCUGACAAGAUCCUGUGGGAGAUUACCCGCUUCUUCCUCCUGGCCAUCGAGCUGAGUGUGGUCAUCUUGGGCCUGGCCUUCGGUCACCUGGAAAGCAAGUCAAGCAUCAAGUGGGUGCUGGCCAUCACCACUGUGCUAUCCCUGGCCUACUCAGUCACCCAGGGCACCCUGGAGAUCCUGUACCCUGAUGCCCACCUGUCUGCCAAGGACUUCAACAUCUACGGACAUGGGGGCCGCCACUUCUGGCUGAUCAGCUCCUGCUUCUUUUUCCUAGUCUACUCGUUGGUGGUGGUCCUGCCCAAGACCCCGUUGAAGGAGCGCAUCUCCCUGCCUUCACGGAGGAGCUUCUACGUGUACGCGGGUAUCCUGGCGCUGCUCAACCUGUUGCAGGGGCUGGGCAGCGCGCUGCUGUGCGCGGGCAUCAUCGAGGGGCUCUGCUGUGUGGACGCCACCACCUUCCUCUACUUCAGCUUCUUCGCACCGCUUAUCUACGUGGCCUUUCUGCGCAGCUUCUUCGGCUCAGAGCCCAAGAUCCUCUUCUCCUAUAAAUGCCAAGUGGACGAGGCAGAGGAGCCGGACAUGCACCUGCCCCAGCCCUAUGCGGUGGCCCGGCGGGAAGGCAUGGAGGCUGGAGGGGCAGCGAGCACGCAGUUUGACUCUGCAGGGGUUGCCUACCUAGACGACGUGGCUUCCAUGCCCUGCCACGCUGGCAGCAUCAACAGUACGGACAGUGAGCGCUGGAAGGCCAUCAAUGCCUGACGGGCUGUGGCUCAGCCUGGGGACCUAUGGGAGACUUGGGGAGGUCAAGGCCAACCUCCCCAAGGUGGGGGACAUGAGGGCUCCUGCACCCUAAGUCUGGAGGCUACUUCCUGUUGUCCCCCUGUGCUCCAGCUAGGGACUCCCUUGCCAUCUGCCCUCGCCCUGCUCAGUGCCAGGCCCAGGUGCCAUCUCCCAGGUCACAGCCUGGCACCCUGGAAGGCUCUGCUUGAUCCCAGGGCACGGUGGCCUCCUUAGAGCCUGCUGCGGGAAUGGGCUGCAGUGUAUAUAUUUUCAUGUUCUAUUUUUUAAUAAAAAAGGAAACAAGCCA